CAAAGGAUCAUUGGAUGUGACUUCUUCAACAAGGUGUGUGGUCACCUCAAGCUGCUGGAGAAAGAAUACUUUGGAUUGGAGUUCAGACAUCACACUGGCAGCUAUGUAAGUUAUAUACUGAACACAAAUAUAAACUGAAUAUACGCACAAAUACGCACAAAUACCUUAUUUCUGCACAAAUGUGUUUACAUCCCUGUUAGUGAGCAUUUCUCCAAUUGCUUAAUCCAUCCACCUGACAGGUGUGGCAUAUCAAUAAGCUUUUUAAACAGCAUGAUCAUUACACAGGUGCACCUUGUGCUGGAGACAAUAAAAGGCCACUCUAAAAUGUGCAGUUUUGUCACACUACGUCCAACUGGCCUCAUAACCGCAGACCACAUGUAUGGCGUUGUGUGGGUGAGCGGUUUGCUAAUGUAAAUGUUGUGAACAGAGUGCCCCAUGGUGGCAGUGGGAUUAUGGUAUGGGCAGGCAUAAGCUACGGACAACGAACACAAUUGCAUUUUAUUGACGGCAGUUUGAAUGCACAGAGAUACCGUGACGAGAUCCUGAGGCCCAUUAUAGUGCCAUUCAUCCGCCGCCAUCACCUCAUGUUUCAGCAUGAUAAUGUACGGCCCCAUGUCGCAAGGAUCUGUACACAAUUCCUGGAAGCUGGCCUGCAUACUCACUAGACAUGUCACCCAUUGAGCAUGUUUGGGAUGCUCUGGAUCGACGUGUAUGACAGCGUGUUCCAGUUCCUGCCAAUAUCCAGCAACUUCGCACAGCCAUUGAAGAGGAGUGGGACAACAUUACAAAGGCCCCAAUCAACAGCCUGAUCAACUCUAUGCGAAGGAGAUGUGUCACACUGCAUGAGUCAAAUGGUGGUCACACCAGAUAUUUACUGUUUAAAAAAAAAAAGAAAUCUGUGACCAACAGAUGCUUAUCUGUAUCCCCAGUCAUGUGAAAUCCAUAGAUUAGGGCCUAAUUUAUUUAUUUCAAUCGACUGAUUUCCUCAUAUGAACUGUAACUCAGUAACAUCAUUGAAAUUGUUGCAUGUUGCGUUUAUAUUUUGGUUCAGUAUAGAUAUCACACUGGCAGCUACAGAACUAUGUGCUUGAGUGAGUCAGUGGUAAAGCCAGGUACUGUAAUUGAAACCCUCUGUCAUAGAGACUCACACCAGUCAGUGCACCGGAACCCUCUGUCAUAGAGACUCACACCAGUCAGUGCACCGAAACCCUCUGUCAUAGAGACUCACACCAGUCAGUGCACCGGAACCCUCUGUCAUAGAGACUCACACCAGUCAGUGCACCGGAACCCUCUGUCAUAGAGACUCACACCAGUCAGUGCACCGGAACCCUCUGUCAUAGAGACUCACACCAGUCAGUGCACCAGAGCAGGCAGGUGCACCAAACUACCAGGGAGGCUACAGAACUAUGUGCUUGAGUGAGUCAGUGGUAAAGCCUGGUAUCUAAUGAACACUUGAGCACCGGUAACCUUUGGACUCUACAGUCAGUAAAACAGCAUGUUACACUAGCUAAGAGGGGGGGUGUAAUAUAUGGAGCUAUACACCUUUAAUGAAUAUCCAUAACUCCUUUUUGUUUAACAGCCAAUCAGUAUCACUCUUGAGGUUGAAGGUCAAGGGGAUACGUAAAGGAUUUGUCUUGCAGUUUGAGGUGUGCAUGCACUGCACUGUUACCAUGCUUCAGAUAUAAAGUUAAAGCAAGUUACUUCAUCUAGAGCACGACAACACUGGAAGCUAUGUAAGUUAUAGACAUCACACUGGAAGCUAUGUAAAUUAUAGACAUCACACUGGAAGCUACAGUUGAAGUCGGAAGUUUACAUACACUUAGGUUGGAGUCAUUAAAACUAGUUUUUCAACCAUUCCACAAAUGUCUUGUUAACAAACUAUAGUUUUGGCAAGUCGGUUAGGUAAUCUACUUUGUGCAUGACACAAGUAAUUUUUCCAAUAAUUGUUUACAGACAGAUUAUUUCACUUAUAAUUGUCACGCCCUGGCUCUGGGGACUAUUAUAUGUUGAGCCAGGGUGUGGAAUUUCUAUUGUUUAGUUUUCUAGGUUUGUGUUCUAGUUCGUGUAUAUCUAUGUUGGCCAGGGUGGUUCCCAAUCAGAGGCAGCUUGUUGUCUCUGAUUGGGGACCAUACUUAGGCAGCCUGUUUGGCACUGUUAUUUUGUGGGAUCUUGUUCCGGAAGGUUUGUGUUCAACCCAGGACUUCACGUAUCGUUUGUUUUGUUGUUUUGGUUCGUGUUGUGUACUGCAAUAAAAGAAUGUACGCAUAUCACGCUGCGCCUUGGUCCGCUUCAUCUAACGACGAUCGUGACAAUAAUUCACUAUAUCACAAUUCCAGUGGGUCAAAAGUUUACAUACACUAAGUUGACUGUUCCUUUAAACAGCUUGGACAAUUCCAGAAAAUGAUGUCAUGGCUUUAGAAGCUUCUGGUAGGCUAAUUGACAUAAUUUGAGUCAAUUGGAGGUGUACCUGUGGAUGUAUUUCAAGGCCUACCUUCAAACUCAGUGCCUCUUUGGUUGACAUAAUGGGAAAAUCAAAAGAAAUCAGCCAAGACCUCAUAAAAAAAAAUGUGUAGACCUCCACAGGUCUGGUUCAUCCUUGGGAGCAAUUUCCAAACGCCUGACGGUACCACGUUCAUCUGUACAAACAAUAGUACGCAAGUAUAAACCCCAUGGGACCACGCAGCCGUCAUACCGCUCAGGAAGGAGACGCGUUCUGUCUCCUAGAGAUGAACGUACUUUGGUGCACUUUUCGCAAAGGACCUUGUGAAGAUGCUGGAGGAAACAGGUACAAAAUUAUCUAUAUCCACAGUAAAACAAGUCCUAUAUCGACAUAACCUGAAAGGCCGCUCAGCAAGGAAGAAGCCACUGCUCCAAAACCGCCAUAAAAAAGCCAGAUUACGGUUUGCAACUGCACAUAGGGACAAAGAUCGUACUUUUUGAGAAAUGUCCUCUGGUCUGAUGAAACAAAAAUAGAACUGUUUGGACAUAAUGACCAACGGUAUGUUUGGAGGAAAAGGGGGGCUGCUUGCAAGCCGAAGAACACCAUCCCAACCGUGAAGCACAGGGGUGGCAGCAUCAUUCUGUGGGGGUGCUUUGCUGCAGGAGGGACUGGUGCACUUCACAAAAUAGAUGGCAUCAUGAGGAAGGAAAAUGAUGUGGAUAUAUUGAAGCAACAUCUCAAGACAUCAGUCAGGAAGGUAAAGCUUGGUCGCAAAUGGGUCUUCCAAAUGGACAAUGACCCCAACCAUACUUCCAAAGUUGUGGCAAAAUGGCUUAAGGACAACAAAGUCAAGGUAUUGGAGUGGCCAUCACAAAUCCCUGACCUCAAUCCUAUAGAACAUUUGUGGGCAGAACUGAAAAAGCUUGUGCGAGCAAGGAGGCCUACAAACCUGACUCAGUUACACCAGCUCUGUCAGGAGGAAUGGGCCAAAAUUCACCCAACUUAUUUUGUUUGUGGAAGGCUACCCGAAACGUUUGACCCAAGUUAAACAAUUUAAAGGCAAUGCUACCAAAUACUAAUUGAGUGUAUGUAAACUUCUGACCCACUGGGAAUGUGAUGAAAGAAAUAAAAGCUGAAAUAAAUCAUUCUCUCUACUAUUAUUCUGACAUUUCACAUUCUUAAAAUAAAGUGGUGAUCCUAACUGACCUAAGACAGGGAAUUUUUACAAGGAUUAAAUGUCAGGAAUUGUGAAAAAAACGAGUUUAAAUGUAUUUGGCUAAAGUGUAUGUAAACUUCCAACUUCAACUGUAUGUAAGUUAUAGACAUCACACUGGAAGCUAUGUAAACCUACUAGACAGAGGGGAAGUACUCGUGAGUAUGUUAAAUAAUACUGGAGUUCAAUUAAAUUAAAGUGUGGUUUUAUUUUUGUUUGUAUUUUAUUCCAGGUGUGGCUGGAACUGCUGAAGCCUCUAGCCAAACAGAUCAAGAGUAAGUUUGUGUAUUUAUUUAUGUGAUUGUGUGUGAGAAUACAUCUGCUCUUUCUAUAUGGUUAACUCAUCUCUCUCUCCCUUCCAUGUCCCCCCCCCCUUCUCUCUUAAUCCCUCCCUCCCUCUCUCUCCCUCCCCCCCUCUCUCUCUCAGACACCAGUGAUCUGUUCUUCAGAUUCAUCGUCAAGUUCUUCCCUCCAGACCCCGGCCAGCUGCAGAGAGGACUCACCAGGUAUGUUUGUUUGUGUGUGUGUGUGUGUGUGUUUUACCUGCCCAGGUGUGCUUAGGUGUGUUUGUGUGUGUGUGUCACAUGCCUUCCCCAGAUACGUCAGUAGAGGGUCUCUCACUACGGCCAUCGUCGGUGAUCGUGUUUCUCCACAUUGUCAAUCAGUGACACCUGCAGUGAGGGAACAGGUUCAGGAUCACAAAUGGUUCCAUCUUGUUGUGAGGGAACAGGUUCAGGAUCACAUGGUUCCAUUUGUUGUGAGGGAACAGGUUCAGGAUCACAAAUGGUUCCAUCUUGUUGUGAGGGAACAGGUUCAGGAUCACAUGGUUCCAUUUGUUGUGAGGGAACAGGUUCAGGAUCACAAAUGGUUCCAUCUUGUUGUGAGGGAUCAGGUUCAGGAUCACAUGGUUCCAUUUGUUGUGAGGGAACAGGUUCAGGAUCACAUGGUUCCAUCUUGUUGUGAGGGAACAGGUUCAGGAUCACAUGGUUCCAUCUUGUUGUAAGGGAACAGGUUCAGGAUGGUUCCAUCUUGUUGUAAGGGAACAGGUUCAGGAUGGUUCCAUCUUGUUGUCAGGGAACAGGUUCAGGAUGGUUCCAUCUUGUUGUCAGGGAAGAGGUUCAGGAUGGUUCCAUCUUGUUGUAAGGGAAGAGGUUCAGGAUGGUUCCAUCUUGUUGUCAGGGAAGAGGUUCAGGAUGGUUCCAUCUUGUUGUCAGGGAAGAGGUUCAGGAUGGUUCCAUCUUGUUGUCAGGGAAGAGGUUCAGGGUGGUUCCAUCUUGUUGUAAGGGAAGAGGUUCAGGAUGGUUCCAUCUUGUUGUCAGGGAAGAGGUUCAGGGUGGUUCCAUCUUGUUGUCAGGGAAGAGGUUCAGGAUGGUUCCAUCUUGUUGUCAGGGAAGAGGUUCAGGAUGGUUCCAUCUUGUUGUCAGGGAAGAGGUUCAGGAUGGUUCCAUCUUGUUGUCAGGGAAGAGGUUCAGGAUGGUUCCAUCUUGUUGUCAGGGAAGAGGUUCAGGAUGGUUCCAUCUUGUUGUCAGGGAAGAGGUUCAGGAUGGUUCCAUCUUGUUGUCAGGGAAGAGGUUCAGGAUGGUUCCAUCUUGUUGUCAGGGAAGAGGUUCAGGAUGGUUCCAUCUUGUUGUCAGGGAAGAGGUUCAGGAUGGUUCCAUCUUGUUGUCAGGGAAGAGGUUCAGGAUGGUUCCAUCUUGUUGUCAGGGAAGAGGUUCAGGGUGGUUCCAUCUUGUUGUCAGGGGAGAGGUUCAGGAUGGUUCCAUCUUGUUGUCAGGGAAGAGGUUCAGGAUGGUUCCAUCUUGUUGUCAGGGAAGAGGUUCAGGAUGGUUCCAUCUUGUUGUCAGGGAAGAGGUUCAGGAUGGUUCCAUCUUGUUGUCAGGGAAGAGGUUCAGGGUGGUUCCAUCUUGUUGUCAGGGAAGAGGUUCAGGAUGGUUCCAUCUUGUUGUCAGGGAAGAGGUUCAGGAUGGUUCCAUCUUGUUGUCAGGGAAGAGGUUCAGGAUGGUUCCAUCUUGUUGUCAGGGAAGAGGUUCAGGAUGGUUCCAUCUUGUUGUCAUGGAAGAGGUUCAGGAUGGUUCCAUCUUGUUGUCAGGGAAGAGGUUCAGGAUGGUUCCAUCUUGUUUGUCAGGAAGAGUUCAGGAUGGUUCCAUCUUGUUGUCAGGGAAGAGGUUCAGGAUGGUUCCAUCUUGUUGUCAGGGAAGAGGUUUCAGGAUGGUUCCAUCUUGUUGUCAGGGAAGAGGUUCAGGAUGGUUCCAUCUUGUUGUCAGGGAAGAGGUUCAGGAUGGUUCCAUCUUGUUGUCAGGGAAGAGGUUCAGGUGGGUUCCAUCUUGUUGUCAGGGGAGAGGUUCAGGAUGGUUCCAUCUUGUUGUCAGGGAAGAGGUUCAGGAUGGUUCCAUCUGUUGUCAGGGAAGAGGUUCAGGAUGGUUCCAUCUUGUUGUCCGGGAAGAGGUUCAGGAUGGUUCCAUUGUUGUCAGGGAAGAGGUUCAGGAUGGGUUCCAUCUUGUUGUCAGGGAAGAGGUUCAGGAUGGUUCCAUCUUGUUGUCAUGGAAUAUCUUGUUGCAAACAUAUAAUACAAGAAAGUCAUACAAUCUACAUCUUCUGAUCCUCGGGUACAGCGCUUUGUUCCUCGGGUACAGCGCUUUGUUUGUGUGUGUGUGUGUGUGUGUGUGUGUGUGUGUGUGUAAACUUCCCUCUCUCCUCUGUUCCAGGUAUCUGUUUGCUCUCCAGAUAAAGCAGGACCUCUCUACAGGCAGUCUGACCUGUAAUGACAACAGCGCCGCCCUGCUGGUGUCCCAUAUACUGCAGUGUGAGUCAAGUCGAUUCUGUUACACUGGGUCGUAUUCAAAGUGUUGCUAUGGUGUGCAAUAAUGAAUAGGACCCGGCCAUUCCCUUUCUCCAGGACUUUAAACCUGAUCAGUCCAGGGACCCCCAGCAAAAAUCAGCAUUUUUUUUUCACUAGUUUCAUUUAUCUGCAUGUCCAGCCCUUAUAUUUGGCCUCAAAAUGAAGUGUUUUACCAUUGUCUUUUCAGGACAACCAGGGCUACAAGUAGAGCAAACAACUAUUUGACAUAAACAGUUUCAUUCAUGAGUUUUAUUGACAAAUGUUUAAAAAAUAAAAAAAAAUCAGCACAAACCUGAUAAAAAAUAAUUGAUAAGAAUGUUUGUAAGUACAGAAAUUGUUUUCUCGGUGGGAAAUGAAUGUCCAACUAGUCACUGACCAGGUUUCCAUCCAAAACCUUUCUGCAAGUAAAGUACAUGUCGGAUAAAACAUGUCCCGACAGGCCUGAUAAAACAUGUCCCGACAGGCCUGAUAAAACAUGUCCCGACAGGCCUGAUUAACUGAUAAAACCAUGUCCCGACAGGCCUGAUAAAAACAUGUCCCGACAGGAGCCUGAUAAAACCAAAUUGUCCCCCUACAGGCCGGAUAAAACAUGUCCCGCGACAGGCUGAUAAAACUGUCCCGACAGGUCCCUGAUAAAACCAGGUAACGCCUACAGGCAUGAUAAAACAUGUCCCCGACAGGCCUGAUAAAACCGUGUCCCGAACAGGCCUGAUAAAACAUGUCCCGACAGACCUGAUACAAACAUGUACCCGACAAGGCCUGAUUAAAACAUGUCCCGACAGGCCUGAUAAAACAUUUCCCAGACCAGGCCUGAUAAAACCAUGUACCCGACCGGCCUGAUAAAACCAUGUCCCGCAAGGCCUGAUAAAACAUGUCCCGACAGGCCUGAUAAAACAUGUCCCUACAGGCCUGAUAAAACAUGUCCCGACAGGCCUGAUAAAACAUGUCCCGACAGGCCUGAUAAAACAUGUCCCGACAGGCCUGAUAAAACAUGUCCCGACAGGCCUGAUAAAACAUGUCCCGACAGGCCUGAUAAAACAUGUCCCGACAGGCCUGAUGGAAAACAGCAAAUCUGUCGCUAAACAUUCCAAAUGUCGACAAAACAAAAUACGAUAGACGAGGUGGAAUCUUUUUUGUGUCCUUGACAUUUAUUAUGUGAGAAAUGGCAGUGGAAACGCAUUUAUGAGCAAAUAUUGAUAUAAUAACCAUCAUAUCGACAUAAACGUGGAGUCAUGCAAUGAUAUGUUGUGUGGUCCUCCCACUGUGACUUGGGAAAGAACCCAGCUAGCGCAUAACGUUCUGAGAACCAUAUAUUUCUUACAGCUUGGUCGUCCUAUGGUUAUUUUGCAUUCAACUUUCUUCUGUGGGAAUUUCAGUACUUCAGGAUAACGUUUUCUGCAGGUUUCCUCACGGUUCUAUAUUAAAGUAAUUUUCUCAGAACAUUAAGAAAACUUUCCAUAAAAACCACAAGAGAAAAUUGGUAACGUUUAAAAACAUAUACGUUCCUUUCUCAGCGUCAACAAAACUCUCUCUCUCCUCUGUCUCGUUCAGGUGUGUUGGCCGCGCCCACUAAUUGGCCACACCUCAUCUUUAAUGAGUUUCCUUUGAAAUAGAGGUCUCAAACUUUCAGACUUGACAGGCGUUUUUGUGAGAAGAACCGUUUUUCGGGAUCUGCCUUUGUCUCACUGCUCUAGCUAAAGAGAUUUCAGAUGUGCCGAUUCCAUGGCACGUGGUUUAUGAACUGAUACACAAAACAACGCUUGAUUCAAAACUUAGUUUUUCAAUUUCAAUUAUUAUACAACAUUCUUGCCACCAACAGAACGAUGUAUAUGGGGCAUACAACCAUCUCAACUCUGUAGAUUUUACUGUGAAGAGACAGAAUCAUUAGAUCAUAUAUUCUGGCAUUGCCCAUAUGUAGCUUGUUUCUGGUCACAGGUUUAGGAAUGGUUAAAAAAAAAUCACAACAUUUACCUAAAACUAACCCUACAUAGAUAGCACUGUUGGGAGAUUUGGAAAGUCAAUCAAUCAGCAAUAUAAUAAUAAUCUUAGUGAAAAUAUUCAUCUUUAAUUUACAAUCUGUGGAUACUAUGCGAUUAGAAAGGUUCAGAAUUUGUGAAACAUUACAGCACAAAAAUAUAUGGAACAUUAUAAAUCAUAAGAGGGUGCUUUACAGGGAAAGGUGAGAUGGGCUGAGAUCUAUAAGACUGAAAACAUGUAUGUAAAAUAUAUGUAGAAUGUACAUGUAACAACAAAAAAAUAGUUAUAAAAACAAAGUUAUUUUUGUCCUCCGAAGAGGGGUGGAUAAAUAAACCCAGCUCUGGCUCAGGCUAAUGUUUAAGCCGGCGUGAUUACGGGACUUAGAUGAUAGCAGUGACUCACUCCUCAAGCACCCUACCUGAAAUUACUUACUUAUUUGAUGUGUGUGUGUGUGCAUGUGUGUGUGUGUUUGUACGUAUGCCUAUGUGUGUGUGUGUGUUCUGCAGCAGAGCUGGGGGACUACGAGGAAGAUUUGGACUGUCACCAUCUAGAGGUGAAACAGUACGUUCCUAACCAGGAAUAUCUGGACCACAAGAUUAUGAAGUUCCACAGAAAACACAGGUAAGCACUUCCUUAGCAUUACCAUCUAUGGUCACUGCCAUAGAGAUCCUAUGGUCCCCUGUGGAGACACUUCCUUAGCAUUAGCAUCUUCUGUCACCAUCUAGAGGUGAAGAUUAUGAAGUUCACAGGUAAGCGCGCGCGCUUCGAGACAGAUUCAAACCUGCGGCGCACACACACAGACACUGAUUGAUUAUCGGAUAGCCUGAUUGGUUGAUUGAUUGAACGUUGCAGGGGUCAUUCUCCUGCGGACUCAGACGUCCAUCUAUUGGAGGUUGCUAGGAAACUGGACAUGUACGGGAUCCGCCCCCACCCUGCUCACGACGGAGAGGGCAUGAGACUCAACCUGGCCGUCACACACUCUGGAGUUCUGGUGUUCCAGGUAGACACACACACACAUACAGGAACACACACACACACACACACACACACACACACACACUGUCCUGUCUCUCCUCUCGUCUCCAGGGUAACACUAAGAUUAACACCUUCAGCUGGGGCAAGGUCCGUAAACUGAGCUUCAAGAGGAAACACUUCCUCAUCAAACUACACGACCAAAUAGGGGUGAGACUUCUAAUACCCAAGCAUGUUCUAUUCAACUUUGUAAGACCGUUUCAAAUAAUAUUAUUCCUCUGUCCUCCAACUGUAUCUAGAAAUCAAUGUCAAGUGUUUUUAAGGACAUUUCAAGAGAAGUGUUGCCAUUGUCAUUUUAGCGUAUACAACUUCUUAAAAUAUUGCAUAUAUUUUUGUCUGCAUAUGUAUGUGUGAGUGUUUAACCGUGUCUCCCCCCCCCCCCCCCGCCCCCCCAGCCCUCCCGUAAGGACACGGUACAGUUUGCGAUGGCGAGUCGAGACGUGUCCAAGUCCUUCUGGAAGACCUGUGUUGAAUACCAUGCCUUCUUCAGACUGGCCGAAGAGCCCCAGUCACGCCGCAAGACUCUGCUGUCCAGCAAGGGGUCCAGCUUCAGAUACAGGUACACACACACACCAAAGGGUCACACACACACACACACACACCGAAGGGUCACACACACACACACACACACCGAAGGGUCACACACACACACACACACACACACCGAAGGGUCACACACACACACACACACACACACCGAAGGGUCACACACACCGAAGGGUCACACACACACACACCGAAGGGUCACACACACACACACCGAAGGGUCACACACACACACACCGAAGGGUCACACACACACACACCGAAGGGUCACACACACACACACCGAAGGGUCACACACACACACCGAAGGGUCACACACACACACACCGAAGGGUCACACACACACACACACGAAGGGUCACCACACACACCAAAGGGUCACACACACACACACCGAGGGUCACACACACACCACCGAAGGGUCACACAAACACAACACCGAUAGGGUCACACACACACACCGAAGGGUCACACACACACACACACACACCGAAGGGUCACACACACACACCAAAGGGUCACACACACACACACCGAAGGGUCACACACACACACACACACACCGAAGGGUCACACACACCGAAGGUCACACACACACACACACACACCGAAGGGUCACACACACCGAAGGGUCCACACACACACACACACACCGAAGGGUCACACACACACACCAAAGGGUCACACACACACACCGACACACCCGCAAGCACAUACACGUGCAUACACACAUGAAGCCACACGCAUGGACACACACAAGGAUUGGACACACACACGCAUGGACACACACAAACACACACACACGGUGUGAUCAGCUGAUUGAAAUGGAAUGUGUACUGUCUCAGUGGUAGGACCCAUAAACAGCUGAUGGAGUGUAUGGGGACAGGAGAGAGGAAACACAAGACCUUUGAGAGGUGAGAAGAGUGUGUGUGUGUGUGUGUGUGUGUGUGUGUGUGUGUGUGUGUUGUGUGUAUGUAUGUGUGUGUGUCUGUGUGAGUGUCUGUGUGUGUGUUUGUCUGUGUGUCUGUGUGUCUGUGUCUGUGUGUGUGUCUGUGUCUGUGUGUGUGUGUCUGUGUGUCUGUCUGUGUGUGUGUUUGUGUGUGAGUGUGUGUGUGUGUGUGUGUCUGUGUGUGUGUGUGUGUCUGUGUGUGUGUGUGUGUGUGUGUCUGUGUGUGUGUGUCUGUGUGAGUGUGUGUGUGUGUCUGUGUGUGUGUGUUUGUCUGUGUGUGUUUGUGUGUGAGUGUGUGUGUCUGUGUGUGUGUGUGUGUGUCUGUGUGUGUGUGUCUGUGUGUGUCUGUGUGUGUGUGUCUGUGUGUGUGUGUCUGUGUGUGUCUGUGUGUAUUAAACCCUGUCUCUUUCUCCACUAGGUCCUACUCCAGACAGUGUAGAUCAUCUCCUGACCUCCUCACAGACGUCUCCAAACAGGUAAACUGUUCAUCUCUUCUACAUAGCAACCACAGAGAGACAAAUAUAACAUGAAAAUAAUAAUAAUACAUUUUGUUUGUAACACAUACCACCCUACCUGAUGUUAAUGACUGGGAUGUCACCAACCACCCUACCUGAUGUUAAUGAUUAGUGAUGUCACCAACCACCCUAUCUGAUGUUAAUUAUUAGGGUGGUCACCAACUGCCCUAUCUGAUUCUAAUGAUUAGGGUGGUAUGGUGACAACCCAUCUGAUUUUCUAUGGCAAAAACUACAAAACAGAGUAGGCUAAACUCUCUGGGCUCCAUUUACACCAGCAGCCCAAUUCUGAUCCUAACUGAAUUAUUGACAGAGGCGAUCUGAUUGGUCAAAAGUGGAUAUAAAUAUGUGAAUUUGGGCUUCCUGUGUAAACGCAUCCAUAGUCCUUUAAAAUCUGCUUUAUGUAAUAAUUGUCUUGUUUGCAGUCCACUGCAGUCAAAACUUCAUGAUCUUUGAUCACAUGGUUUUUGUAAAGUUCACGCAGUCGUCAUGUGGGCACAAAUCAUAACAAAUUGUAUCUCCAUAAUGCAACACACUUUGGAAAGCGGUGACCAAUGAUGGUCACCGACUUGACAAAAUUGAUCUGCUCGAACGUGCCCAUUGUGUGCUAUAGAUUGGAAAAUCAAUAAAUGUGACUUACUGUACAUGACAGGCUGUUUGUUUCCAACUAGGGUUAGCUGGUAUUAGGACAACCCUACCAACGAGCGGCAGGUAACUUAGUGGUUAAGAGCGUUGUGCCAGUAACCGAAAGGUCACUGGUUCUAAUCCCUGAGCCGACUAGGUGAAUAAUCUGUCGAUGGGCCCUUGAGCAAGGCACUUAACCCUAAUUGCUCCUGUAAGUCGCUCUGGAUAAGAGCGUCUGCUAAAUGACCUAUUAUUAAUGACAAAAUCAUAUACAGCUGCGGAAAAAAUUAAGAGACCACUGCAAAAUGAUCAGUUUCUCUGGUUUUACUAUUUAUACAGUGAGGGAAAAAAGUAUUUGAUCCCCUGCUGAUUUUGUACGUUUGCCCACUGACAAAGACAUGAUCAAUCUAAAAUGUUAAUGGUAGGUUUAUUGGAACAGUGAGAGACAGAAUAACAACAAAAAAAUCCAGAAAAACGCAUGUCAAAAAUGUUAUAAAUUGAUUUGCAUUUUAAUGAGGGAAAUUAGUAUUUGACCCCUCUGCUAAACAUGACUUAGUACUUGGUGGCAAAACCCUUGUUGGCAAUCACAGAGGUCAGAUGUUUCUUGUAGUUGGCCACCAGGUUUGCACACAUCUCAGGAGGGAUUUUGUUUCACUCCUCUUUGCAGAUCUUCUCCAAGUCAUUAAGGUUUCGAGGCUGACGACUGGCUAGGCCACUCCAGGACCUUAAUGUGCUUAUUCUUGAGCCACUCCUUUGUUGCCUUGGCCGUGUGUUUUGGGUCAUUGUCAUGCUGGAAUACCCAUCCACAACCCAUUUUCAAUGCCCUGGCUGAGGGAAGGUUCUCACCCAAGAUUUGACGGUACAUGGCUCCGUCCAUUGUCCCUUUGAUGCGGUGAAGUUGUCCUGUCCCCUUAGCAGAAAAACACCCCCAAAGCAUAAUGUUUCCACCUCCAUGUUUGACGGUGGAUAUGGUGUUCUUGGGGUCAUAGGCAGCAUUCCUCCUCCUCCAAACACGGCGAGUUGAGUUGAUGCCAAAGAGCUCGAUUUUGGUCUCAUCUGACCACAACACUUUCACCCAGUUCUCCUCUGAAUCAUUCAGAUGUUCAUUGGCAAACUUCAGACGGCCCUGUAUAUGUGCUUUCUUGAGCAGGGGGACCAUGCGGGCGCUGCAGGAUUUCAGUCCUUCACGGCGUAGUGUGUUACCAAUUGUUUUCUUGGUGACUAUGGUCCCAGCUGCCUUGAGAUCAUUGACAAGAUCCUCCCGUGUAGUUCUGGGCUGAUUCCUCACCGUUCUCAUGAUCAUUGCAACUCCACAAGGUGAGAUCUUGCAUGGAGCCCCAGGCUGAGGGAGAUUGGCAGUUCUGUGUUGUGAUGUUCAGUGGCGCAGUGGUCUAAGGCUCUGCAUCGCAGUGCUAGCUGUGCCACUAGAGAUCCUGGUUCGUAUCCAGGCUCUGUCGUAGCCGGAAAAAACAAUCCUCAGAGUUGGGGAACAAUGUCAGAGCAGAAGGAAGCAAGUUUUCUUCCAGGACAACCUUGUACGUGGCUUGAUUCAUGCGUCUUUCACAAAGACAAAUCUGCCCGAUUACAGCCUUGCUGAAGCACCCCCAGAUCAUCACCGAUCCUCCACCAGAUUCCACAGUGGGUGCGAGACACUGUGGCUUGUAGGCCUCUCCAGGUCUCCGUCUAACCAUUAGACGACCAGGUGUUGGGCAAAGCUGAAAAUUAGACUCAUCAGAGAAGAUUACCUUACUCCAGUCCUCUACGGUCCAAUCCUUAUGGUCUUUUGCAAACCUCAGCCUGGCUCUUCUUUGCUUCUCAUUGAUGAAGGGCUUUUUUCUAGCUUUGCACGACUUCAGCCCUGCCCCUAGGAGCCUGUUUCGAACCGUCCUCACUGUGCACUUCACCCCAGCUGCCGUUUGCCAUUCUUUUUGUAGGUCACUUGAUGUCAUCCUACGGUUGUUGAGUGACAUUCUAAUGAGUUGGCGGUCAUCCCGGUCAGUAGAGAGUCGUUUUCGCCCUCUGCCGGUCUGUAGCUUUGUUGUCCCCAAUGUCUGCAGCUUGACCUUGUUCUUAUGAACCGCCGUCUUUGAAAUUUUAAGGAUGGAAGCAACCUGACGCUCACUGUAUCCCUCUGCCAGUAAAGCCAGAAUUUCCUCACUCAAAACUUUCCUUUUCAACUCAUUUGGCAUGGUCAAUAGUUAAUUUUUUAUAAAUAUUACUUUUGAGGUACUAUUAGCACUGUUUUUGCCAUCCAACUGGUCCUAUUGCAAGAGGAUAGUGAUGACCACAGCAGUGGUUUUUAUAAUUUUCCUCGUUAAAUAAGAUUUGGUUCAUGUGAUCACCUAAUCAGUACCUAAUUCAGUAGAAUGAGGUGUGCCUGUGUUGGAAUUCAACAGACACUGGAAUGGAAUGGCUGUCAUACAUGUAUAGAGAGCUGAUUUAAGAAAAGUUUGCAGUGGUCUCUUAAUUUUUUCCACUGCUGUAUAUAACCCUGUACAUAUAUAUAUAUAUAUUCACAUUCCAUCCACCUCACGUUUUCGUUUGUGUUUGUGUGUGUAUGUGUGUGUGUGUUUGUGUGUGUAUGUGUGUGUGUGUUUGUGUGUGUGUUUGUGUGUGUGUUUGUGUUUGUGUGUGUGUGUGUGUGUGUGUGUUUGUGUGUGUGUGUCCAGCUGUACGAGCAAUCCCACCCAUUCCCUCGCCCCGGAGGCCCCGCCCUCGCUCACAGCGAAGAAGAAGUGGAGCGACGACAACAGGAAGUGGGAGGGGCUAACCCCAAGCACAGCCAGUCAGCAGUCGAGGUGGUCUUCUCUGCAGAAUUCCAGCGGUCCCACCUCCCACAAGCUUUCCACCUAUCAGCUGCCUACCCUAAGCAAAGGUCCGCAUCUACUUCCGGGGUGGUCGGGGAGAGGAGGGGGAGGGUGGGGUGGCAACGGCAGGGAGGGCAUAGUUUCGUCGGAGGGGCUUACCAUGGAAACAGCAGGAGGAGACGCCGGCCCAACCCCCAGCCCUCCUCCGACGCGCAGCAAUUGGUCCUCCUGUACCCCAGUAACCCCGCCUACCAGUUCAAGCCGGUCCUUCCAACGUUUCCAUUGGCAAGCUACCCCCACGGACACGCCUACUUGUCGGACAUCGCCGUUGCCUCAUUGGAGCGUCUCCCGCAGAUGCGUCGGAUAGAACACGCCCCUUUGGCGGGGCUGACACACCCUUCUCUCUACUCACGCUCUGAUUCGUCCUCACCCAGGUUGGGAUUGGCUAGGGUGUACCAGGGCGGGCUUUCAACCAGAAAUGCAGCCAGGCGAUUGGAUGUCGGGAGAAUAGAGGCGGGACAUUACAGCGACGACUCCAACUUCCUGCCGGGCCUUCCUCGUCGCGCCACCAGCCAACCGGACGUCAAGUUGCCCCAAGUAGUCCCCGCCUCCAACCCUGCCUCCGAGUUCCGUCCCCUUGGUUACUAUCCUCACUUAUCACGUCACCAGACUCCACAAAGACCCUCCUACCUGCCUCUAAACUCCUCCCCCUUACCAGACCGGCCCACCUCGGUGUGUGUCCUAGGGGGGGCCGGUGGAAGCUACAGCGAUUCAGACCCAGAGGUCUUCUAUCCCUACUACAGCCCAGCACCCCCGUUGGGUAAAGUGGUACGGUCCAAUGCUCUGGCUAGGAUGAGGUUCUCCUCUGGGAGCUUACAACUGGAGGAGGAAGAGGAGGGGGAAGAGGAAGAGGAGAGGUAUAGCAGUGGGGGGGAGGGGAAGCCUCGGAUUACUGAACUGAGACUGUAG